AUGUCUGGGUUAAAUCCAUUCCGCCCUAAGAAGCCCGAGGGUGUGUCUCUCUCCCCCGCAAUCGGGCUGUCAACGGACGGGAAGCUCAUGCUGACCGUUGCAGAUCCUACAGCUACCCAUCCUCCGACGACUGCUCGCCCUGCGCCCGUCCAGUCGGUCACCUCUGUUCCCUCGUAUCCUGUGUUUGGCGUUCCGUCCUCGUCUCUGCCUCCGAAUGGCGUCUCCCCGUCCCCCGUUGCCGGCGCGUCUGAUCCCGCCGAUUCGGUAGCGUCGGAUGAUCAGUCUGUCUCCGACCCAUUUCACCAAGACUCGACGACCGACGACGAAAAUGCCGGAGUUGACGAAGCCGACAUCGCUUGGGCACAACGGAACGCGCCCAAUCACUCGCUGACGUCGUCCACGGAUGACCGUCGCCGACAAUUCAGCGAUGCCGCCGCAUCCGUAGCGUCAUAUCCUACACCCCCCACAGGGGCCAAGUCCGCCAUGGGACUGCAUACUCAGAGUGUCCCGGCCCGUCUGGAUGACUAUGCUCGUUAUCAGGAUGACUCGGAAAUGUCAGUUAGCUCGGGAACCCCUUAUCCGGGUGGUCGCACCGCACAGAGUAGCUCUACCGAUCUCUCCCAGACGCCAUCCGCACAUCCCGCUGGAACAUCCUCCCGGCCAGUGACCGGACACUCCACGACGAAAUCCCUGACGAGCCGCCCUGGAAACCGGGAGAAGAUCCCGCCGCCUCCCCCGAAGAGUCAUCAUGGAAAACUGAUCACGCCGAGUCCUGGCCCUGCCCCCUCCUACACGCCCUCCAUCAAAGCCGCCAACCGCUUCUCGUUUCAUGGGACGCCCUCUGAAGCGUCCAUCUCCCCCAAACCGUCGGUGUCCAAUGCGGAUUACUUUACGGGCGCCACGGGGAGCCAGCCGGAGCGGGCGAUGGAGUCCCUCCGGCGCAGUCAGUCCCAGUAUAAGCGUCCACCCACGCCGCCGCUAAGCCGGCGACACAGCCAGAUGCGGCGAUCGAAAACGACGCACGCAAAGCCGAGCUCCUCCCGAUUGUCCAUCCCCAACCUCGACGGGGAGAGCUCUGAGUCUCCUCCGCCGAGUCCAGGUGCCUGGUCGUUGACGCCGUCUCGGACGCGGGAUGCCCCGUCGACAGAGGCAUCCUUGGGCACUCCUCUCCCCACUGGACACACGGGAACUACAUCAGCACUGCCCGGAGAUACGUCUACGCCGUCGCUGACCUCUCCUCCCGUGCGAUCGGGGUCUACCAAAUCUACCAAACGGAUGUCGCAGGGGAAUGUGAUGCCACCACCGCCCCCUCCCCGACGGAUGCGCGGCUCAAGCGGACAAAGCAGUGACAGCGCGCGGCGGACGAGCAUGCGAGAACCGAACCCAGGGGAUGAGAAUGAGCCGUUUGUGCCGCAGCCCUCGAACGCGCACGACAUCCUGGCGGAUUUGUCGCGACUGCAGAAGGAGGUGGACGACUUACGGGGACAUUACGAGAACCGGAGGGUAGCUCUAAGGCCCCUAGAGUAG